AUGGCGCCUCGGCUUACAGCCUUAGAACGGGAGCACAUCAUUGCUCUACGGCAGAGUGGUUGCCGUAUAGUAGACAUAAGUCGUCUUACAGGAAUUACGAAAAGAACAAUUUACCUGUGGAUAAGACGUUGGGAGAAGGACGGUAGCUUGCAAGCUCAUCACCGUAAAGUUUACAAGAGAGCUACCACCGCGGAGCAGGACGCUGCCAUAGUCGCGGCUCACGCUUCCGACCCACUCAUGAGCACGCGAGUCUCUUCUACUAGUUACAAUAUAUCAAUGGACACGGUACGGCGACGAUUGAGGGAAGCCAUGAAAAAAAAAGAUGAAGAAGCAGGAAAAUCGGAAGCGAAAAAAGAAAAUGACAGAAAACUGUUUUGUCCAAAUUGUAACACUGAGGUGGAAACUCCGGCUGCUAAGAGGCAAGAGAAUCAAAGAAAAAUAAUGAUAGCUCGAGUGUACCACUAUUUGGCUCAAGAAUUGGAAGAAUUAAAGAAGAUGUCAGGUCCUCAGCAAAUGGAUGCGAUGGGACAGCUUCACAAACGAGCUGCUGCGGCUACUGGCGUCAAAGAAACGGCAGUGGAACAGGCUCUGAAAGAAGAAGCGCAGAAGAAAGAAGCACGUAAGGAAGCUAAAAGAAGAGUGGCUAUUACACCACGGAAAAAACCUCUUCGAAAAACUGACAAGCAACUGAAGAUCGAUCCACCAACUGCAGUCGGCCUACCCACCAAUAUUCCUCCUCCUCAAACUCAAGCCAUGAACAAUACCUACAUGCUAGCAGACAUCGGAAUGAACAAGUUUUCAGCACCAGAAGUGAACUACUCGCGUUAA